GUUGCCUUGUGUUCUCAGAAAGGUGUCAUGUGACACUCCUUAACGCGAGAGAACCAUACCAGAGAGCAUACAUACACAGAACAGUUUGGGUUUAAAAAAAUAUAUAUAUAUAUAUUAGAGGGUUUAAAUUCCCUCGUAUAUAAAAGUGAAGAGGGAGAAAACGGAAGUGUGAGUGAGCUCGAGCUGCAAUGGGGUGCUGUUACAGCAGCGAGAGCGAAACAGCCGAACAGGACGGAGACGAGCGCAAGCCACUGAUCCCGCACCCGAACCCGGACAGCAAGCCGCCGAAUGGAACGGAGCGCAACCCGGCAAACAUCUCGUCCACCCGCACAGACGAGCAGGCCCUGCUGUCAAUCAUCAAUAAGACUGCGCAAAACAUUAUUGACGUAUCAGCUGCAGACUCGCAGGGAAUGGAGCAACAUGAGUACAUGGACAAAGCCAGGCAAUACAGCACGAAACUGGCGGUGUUGAGCAGUACUCUGAGUCAGAAGAAGCCGCCUCCUUUGCCUUCCCUCACCUCCCAACCUCACCAAGUGCUCGCCAGUGACCUAGUGCCCUACUCUGACAUCCAACAGGUGUCUAAGGUGGCGGCGUAUGCAUACAGUGCCAUCUCACAGAUCAAGGUGGAUGCCAAAGAAGAGCUGGUGGUGCAGUUUGCUAUCCCAUGAUCCUUAUCUCUCUCGCUCUCUCUCUCUCUUUUUUUUUCCUCUCUCACUCUCUCUCCUCAUGCCCGUUUUUUCAGCCUACUAAUCAAUCACAGGGAUGAUAAGCUCCGCCUCUCACUUGUCCCUCAUCCAAUCAGAGACGUGUUUGGGUUUUUUUUGCUUGGUUUUUAUUUUUUGGCUCCCGACACCUGUGUACAGCUAGAACUGUAACAGUUCCCUUCAUCACACUCGGUAACAAUUCACAGGGAUGAUAUCUCAAUCUCCGAUUGUCCGAUCAGAGGCUCGGUCCCUCCUAACACUCUGUGCAUGAAGGCUGAAAGUUAAAGGCAAAAGCCGUGCCGUCAUCAUGUCCUGAUCCCCAUGACACUGUGUAUAUGCUAUAAUGUGUGAUGCUGUAAUUCUCAGCUGUUUUCCGUCGUCCAAUCUGAAACGCCAUUUUGUUUUUCCUCAAGAAUCCCCAUGCAAAAACUAAAAGCCAAAUAUACCUGAAGAGACAACCAUCAUUCAAAUUUUGGUAAUGUUAACAGGUACUUGGCUGCCACAGGAUCUACAGCUGCUUCUGGGACUCCAUUUUGUUAGUUUGGAAUUAGAGACGUAUGAUAUGGUUCAUAACUAAAUCGCGGUUGCUCAUGAUGUCAUCUCCAUGCCUUUAUUAUAAUUCUUCAAUCCCAAUUUGGUUCCCACCCACCAGCAACCAACAGGAGAGGGUGAUGGCUAACACGAGUGUAACACACUCUGAGGACAGCGCUGUCCACCUUCUUCCGCAUACAUGAGCUGACGGAUGCCCCUGAUUGGCUAGCGUCGCUGUGAUUGACGGGUGACAGCAUGUCAUCACUCCCACCACAUAUUAUGACAUCAUAACGAGGCCACAAGCGGGACUGGGAGUAAAUCGGGCAGUAGACAUUUCAGGUAUUACUCUGCAUUCAUUUGCAUGUUAUAAUAGACCAUGAAUAUUCAUAAGUCACAACUAGAGGGGGAGAAAACACACCCAGUACUGGCAAUACGCAUUUCUGAAAAACCUUUUAGUGGUGCGCCAGCACAAGGGAGGCAGGGUUUACUAACAAAUAUUCCUGAGACAGCCAUGAAUGUGCGGAAACGCUCAUUCAUUCAUUCGUUUGUUGAUCUGUUAUGCAUAUGCUCGGUAAAAGCAUUACCGUAACUGAUAUGGGUUUAGAACGAAUGGAACGAUGAGGUAAGAGGCACGAUGAGAGGGCAGGGUCGUAUUUGCAAAUGUUAAUGAGUUAGGACAGAAAGGAGAAAGCUAAUAUUCUAAAAAUGCAUAAUCGUAGAGACGGAGCCUUUUCUCUGAAUGAUGAUUUGCUGCAAUGACAUUUUUAUUAUUGUUAUUAUCCGUAUUAUUUUGAUUUUUUUUUUUGACCUUAUGAGCAUAGUAUAUAUGUGUAAUGUUAAUUUUCUUAAUAAAUGACAUUAAAAGUGUUUUGAAGAGCAGAGAGGAGUUGGGGAGUCGUUUACAGAGAGAGGGGGCGGGGCUUAAAUUGGCUAUAUGAUGUACAUGAUUUUCGGCAUGUAUAUGCCUCUAACAUGCAGAGUGUGUGUGUGAGAGAGAGAGAGAGAGUGAAUGAAUGCGUGAGAGAGAAAAUAAGAUACCGUGUGUGUGUGUGUGUGCGCGCUGUUUGCGAGGAGGAGUGUGCUUUACACAUCAGUAGCCGACGUUUUUAUCCAGAGUAGUGAAAGCACUUUUACCCUGCCUGAUCAGUCGAUCUUAGGCACGUGCUGAUAAUCAAUUCUAAUACUGCGGUAACUGGCUAACAAUUUAUCAUAAUUUAUAAUAUUAUCAGGCUGUACUUUAGUACAUAACUCAUUACUCCUGGGUCGUACCGACGGUCUUCUCUCCAGAAAUAAGGGCCUCAGACCAAGAGACACUGAUAAUGGUAAAUUAGGUGUCGAAUAUCGCAUCAUAUUUUAUUAAUAAAUCUUGGCACAUGCGUAAUUCCCGUGAAGUAGAUCAGUGACUGUUGGACUUCCUUUUCCAUAAUCAAAACUUGUUUGUAAUUAUUUAUUUUUUUCCUUUUAAUGUAUUUAUGUUGGCUCACACAUACGUGUGUUGUGUGUGUGUGCGCGUCUGUAUAAACUUUCACCAUGUCACAAAAGGGACUGAACAUGCUGUAGCAGUUGCUUGUUUGUUGUUUGUUGUUUUUUUUGCUCAUGGCUCUUUUUGUUCUGUUUGCUCACUGCGUUUCUUUUUCGUAGCUUAGAACCAAAUUGUUUGAUUUAAACACUGUUGAUACCUGCAUUUUUUUUUUUGUUGUUGAAAGAUAUGCAGCAUUAAAGUCUUGUAUAAAGAAA